CAGAAGGGGGGAGAGGAGGUUAGGGAAAAAAGGAAGAAGAGAGCGAGAGAAACCAAGAAAAUCAGAAGAAAGACAGAGGUGAAGAAGGAAGAAGACAGUAUUAUCUGUCUGUCAGUUCAGUGAUUACUGGAGAUUCAUCUGAAUCCAGAGUCAUCUGUUCAAAUGGAGGACUUAGAGAAUAUUGCUGUGACCAGUGAGACAAAGGUAAUUAGUGACCAGGAUGCCAAACACGUGAAGUCCCCAGAGACAAAAUGUGUUGCAGAGUCAGAGCCAGGAUGUGGGACUGAUACUACAGAGGGUGGAGCUAAUGAGAACAACAAAGAAAACCAUAAGAACACAAAAACUGAAGCCAAUGACAGUGAGGCAUGUGAGCAAGAGGGCGGAGUCACAGAGAAUGUUAACAUCCUGGAAGAGAAAGAAGAACAAGAGAAGGAUAUCAAAGAACAUAAAUCUGGAGAACAAGAAAAAGAGACAGGGGUAAAUGAAAACAAAGAAUGCGAGGUAGAAGAAGAAGAAAAGAAGAAGAGUAACAACGACCCUUACAGGAAAGAGAAUGAUUCCUGCAACAAAGAGGGACAACUUGAGGUAAAGCACAAAGAAGAGGACAAGAGAACAAAAGAAACUGAAGGCAAAACUAAAAAUAAAGAAGAUGAAAGAGAGAAAAAAGAGACUAAAGAUGAUAUCAAGAACAAACCAGAAAAUCUGCGAAGAAAAAGUGGAACUCUUAGAGCCCCCACCAAGUCAUCUGCCCGACCCUCAGCUAGAAGAGAUGCUAUGGCCAAGUUUCAGAAGGACCAGACUCCAGGUGCGAGAAACUUUAAAGUUCAACGGACAUCUAUAGGUAUGGCUGGUGGAGCAUCAAUUAAACAGAAAAUUCUGCAGUGGUGCAGGAACAAGACACAGAAGUAUGAGGGUGUCAACAUAGAAAACUUCUCUUCUUCCUGGAGUGAUGGCCUGGCUUUCUGUGCACUCGUUCAUCGUUUCUUUCCUUCUGCUUUUAACUUCUCCUCCCUCAAAGCAAGUGAACGGGAGAAGAAUUUCACUCUGGCCUUCAGUACAGCAGAAUCUCUUGCUGACUGCUGCCCCCUUUUGGAAGUGUCUGACAUGUUACUAAUGGGCAACAAUCCAGAUUCUCUGUGUGUUUUUACCUAUGUACAGGCUCUCUGUCAUCACCUCUCAAAGAUAGAGAAAGAGAGGAGGGAAAAAGAGAGCAUGGAGAAGGACAAGAACAAAGAAGAUCAAGAUCAAGGGGUUUCUGAAGGUAAUGAAGAUGGAGAGGGGGAUGAGAUUAAACAAAACGAGGAGACAGAGAAAAAUGGAUCAGAUUCUGACAGGAAGACAGAAAAAGAGACAGAUCAGAAUGAAAAUGUAAUAAAUGCAGAUGCUGUGGAUGAAAAAUAGAAGAAAAAAAACAACAUAAAUGAAAGAAAAAGGAAAGGGGAGUGUCAGAAUAAUUUUGUUGUCAUAAUCUGCUUUUUUGAAGGUAUGGAUAGUGAUUUUUGUGUCUAAUAUGGAUGAUGAAUGUGUUAUUCUUUGUUGAGUUGUAUUUCAUUAUACAGAUUUUCAUUUGCUCAAAUGCUUGAACAUGUGACUUUUAUUAUAUUUUGGGGCCUAUAAUUUUUUAAAGUUAUGUUUUGGUUUGACUACUGGCUUCAAAUUCACAUCUCACAUUGUCCUCUGGCUCAUUACAAUCUGUACAAUGUUUCAUGGCAAAAGAGCCCUCAAAACAUUAGCUCUGAGCCUAAACACUAGCAAAGCUGUGUUGUUGAGCUAAAAUUGUUACAUUCUGUGUUACUAUCACCUAAAUAAACAGUUAUUUUGCAUUUUAAUCAAA